GGCAUUCUUAGUGUUUGUUUUGUUUGUCUUGGAUUAAUUUCACUGUCCCCAUGGCGCAGUAAUUGUCAAACAAUAGCUAAUUGUUGUUCGCUUGAAUGAUAACAAGCCGACUUAACAACAUUCCAACACAAUGCCCGAAUCAAAGAUCAAAAUACUUCAAAAAAUGUGCUGUGUUAUGGGAAAGUGAACUUGUUUCUUAUACACAGACUUAUUUAAAAUUCUUGAAAUCAAGAUGUUUAUCACUGUUAGAUUUGGAGAUUGUCAAGAAGCUCUCUUCAACCCAAACUGUAUGACAAAGGUUCUUCUAGAGGACAUAAAGAAGAGAUGUCGUCGAGAUAGAGAAGAAGUAAUUGACUUGUCAGAUGAGUCAGGUAAUCUAAAAAAUUUGCUUGAACAUAAAGGAGAUUACGCUACACAACAUUUAAAAGCGAGGCAUUCAUUUAUACUCAUCAAAGUUGACAGAAAAGAAGGAGAAGAAACGUACACUCCCUUACUAAAUGACAUCAAGACAAUAACAUCAUCUUUUCUGCAACAUCUCAGCAGGCCUCAAAGCAGCCAAAGUACUGUCUCACCACCAAGUCGCCAGGGUAGGCGCAAGUCAAGUGCUAAUUGGACAAAAGCUAGAACAAGUUUAGCUUUGAGUGGAGACCUUAGAAAGAGAUCAAGAGUCAGGAAAUGAGCAUGGAACUGACAGCAUCAGCGAGUGAAUAAGAAGUUGGAUCAUAAUACAGUUAUAGCUCCCCUUCAGCAUUUUUUUUUCUGAUUCAAAUUUUCUUUUAUUCUGUUAAAGUUGACUCUUCUGAGCACAUAUUUAUGCCUGCCAUGGAAAAAGCCCUUGUAAACUUCCCUGAAACUCAAUAUUUGCAUAAAUUAUAUUUUCAAUUCAAAGAUUUUUUCAUUCUUUUAAAGUUGAAUCUUCUAAGCAGAUAUUAUAUUUAUGCCUCCUAUGGAAAGAGCACUUGUAAACUUCCAUGAAACUCAGUAUUUACAAAAAUGACAUUUUUGAUAUUGUUAAUAGCACAGACACACACCUCCAUAUCUAACACAUUAGUCAUGCAGAUAAGGGCUUCUUAGCAACUGCCUACCUACCCCUCCCCUAACCCAACAACAGUCAAGGGGUAUGUGUGAAGUUUCUCAGAUACUGACAUCUAUGUCAGAUAAGUAUAUUGUAAUAAUGCUACUGUUACAUAAUAUGGAAAAGUGUUCUGGUAAACUAUCAUGUCACAUCCUUCAGCAUUUCAAAAGGAAAAUAACAAUUGUCGAUUGUGUAUCCUGAAUAUAAACUCUCAAACUCACUUGGUCAAAAUUUCAUUUUUUCCAAAAUUAACAUACACUCUGACAUUUCCAUACAAUUUAUGAAGAUAGAUUUUUUGAAUAACUUUAUACAAUAUCAGCAAAGUGUGAAAUUCAUAUUAAAGAUAUAUUGUUUGAUUAUUGAA